CAACAUCCAAAAUGUGCUAAACGUGAUAACCCCAGCCUUCCAUUACUUUUAAUUAUAACUCUCCAUAAGUGAUCAAGAAGCAGCAAGAGGUAAGACGAAGAUGGCAAGGAAGUGCUCUCAUUGUGGGAACAACGGGCACAACUCCAGGACUUGCAGUAGUUCAAACAAUAAGUCUGGUGGAGGGCUGAGAUUAUUCGGAGUUCAGCUUCAAAUAGCUUCUUCUUCUUCACCCGUGAAGAAGAGCUUUAGCCAGGAUUGCUUGUCUGCGUCUUGCUACACGCCUUCCAAUUCUCCUUCUACCUCAUCAUGCUCGACUUCUCUGGUUUGCAUCGUUGAAGCAGCUCGAAAGGUGUCCAAUGGAUAUCUCUCUGCUUGUCUCAGAACGCAAGAAAGGAAGAAAGGAGUCCCAUGGACUGAGGAAGAACACAGAGCGUUUCUUGCUGGGUUGCAUAAGCUUGGAAAAGGCGACUGGCGAGGCAUAUCGCGCAACUUUGUCGCUACAAGAACGCCAACCCAAGUGGCCAGCCAUGCCCAAAAGUAUUUUCUGAGGAAGAACAGUCUUAACAAGAAGAAUCGUCGUUCCAGCCUCUUUGAUGAGGUUCGAAGCUGUGAAAGGCAAGCUCAUGUCAGUGAAUUUCUGAAGAGCAAUGACUACUUUUAAAAAAAAGAUGCACAUGAAAUUAGUUUGAAUAACAAGCAAUGCAACCUGCAUCUAUCUCAAUUCUCCAGCAUCAGAGGACAGGUUUGAACUACUACAAAGUUCACAUCUUGUUCCUGAAAUUGUUCUCAAAAUAUCCUCAAGUUCUUACUUGAUGGGAAAUUAACAUAUAAUAGUAUAGCAUAGACUUUCUCUGAAUGACUUCAUAGAGAAGAAAGUGCAGUGAAGACGCUGAUUGCUAGAAGGGUUGUGACUUUUUUUUUUGUAGAUUUGUAUGUCUAAGUACUGCAACAUGUUUGAUUUUCUAAGAGUUAAUGCUUAA